UGCGGCGGAGGCAGGCCCGGCCCGGCCCGCCGCACUCGGAGCCGCCGCCAUGCCGCUGCCGCCGCUGCCCGGCCGCCCCCGCCUCGGGCGGGCCCCGCUCCUGCCGCUGCUCCUGCUGCUCUUGCUGGCGGGCCCGGCGCGGCCCAUCUCCUUCCAGCUGCCGGGCAAGGCGCGGAAGUGCCUGCGGGAGGAGAUCCACCGCGACACGCUGGUCACGGGCGAGUACGAGAUCGACGCCCCGCCGGGCUCCUCCACCGGACCCUCCGCCAACCUCAAGAUAACUGACUCGGCUGGACACAUCCUUUAUGCCAAGGAGGAUGCCACUAAGGGCAAGUUCGCCUUCACCACUGAAGACUAUGAUAUGUUUGAGGCCUGCUUUGAGAGCAAGCUUCCUGUGGGAACAGGGAGGAUGCCGGACCAGCUCGUGACUCUGGAUAUGAAGCAUGGCGUUGAAGCAAAGAACUACGAGGAGAUUGCUAAAGUGGAGAAGUUGAAACCCCUGGAAGUAGAAUUGAGGCGCUUGGAAGAUCUUUCAGAGUCUAUCGUUAACGACUUUGCCUAUAUGAAGAAACGAGAAGAGGAGAUGAGGGAUACAAAUGAGUCAACAAACACCCGGGUUCUGUACUUCAGCAUUUUCUCCAUGUGCUGUCUCAUCGGACUGGCCACCUGGCAGGUUUUCUAUCUGCGUCGCUUCUUCAAGGCCAAGAAGCUGAUUGAGUAAAGGAGCAAAUCUUCUUCCCCCUCCUCUCAAACCCAGCUGGACACCGCUGGGACCUAGCCAUGGCCUCCUGGAGCCAUCUUACAGAUGAUACCCACUGACUGGAGCUUUUCUGGAGGAACUUGGACCCUAAAGGGGGAGGAGAGCCUGAACAUUGGAGGCAAUGGGGAGACUUGUGAAAUCCUCUUGGAUGUUGGGGGUGGGGGAGGUCAUAAUGGGUUUGGGUACUCCUGGGGCAGUGAUUAAUAAAAAAAAAGAUGUUUCCAUGACAGCUGCAGCAAGUUUUUUGCGCUGUCUGUUCUCCUUUUAUAAUCAUGGCUUGAUGAUGUCUCCCAUCUGUCUGUGACUGCAGUGUUACUCAGAACCACCUGACCCUGCUGUGCUCUUUAGGUGGCAGUGCAAAGCGAUAGGAUUCAUUAUUCCAGCAGGGCCUGAGAAGAGAGGGUCUUCCAAGGUUUGGUCCCUGUGGUGGACCUCUGUGUUUCUCCCUGUGGGAGCUGGUGUCUUUGUGCUGACAGGUCAGAGCACUUGAGCAUAGGGUGAUUCAGCCUGGAGAAAAGGGAGCCUUCUAAGGCAGGCUUGGAAGUGUGUUUGAGCUUGGAAAGAAGCCUGCUUUGCUCAAAUAAGCUAUCCAGCCUUGGUCCCACCCUUCCCCCACGUUUGUCUUGGUAUUGCCUCUCUUGUUUUGGAAUGGUGCAGCAGCUUUCCUGAAAACCUUGGUCAGGAACAGCCUUUUGUGCAGGAGGCCUCGGUCAGAUACAGUCACAGAGCAGAUGGGAGCAGAUCAUGCUAGGAAACUUGGUGUUAUAUUGAGCAGGAGACUUCUCAUCUUUCCAGGCAGCUGGCUGAAUGCCAUUUUAUGAGACCUCAAAGCAAGGUGAGCUGAUGCUCAUGUGAGCCAUGAGGGCCUGUACCCUGCAUUGAGGUCUGAGGGUACAACAGUUCUGUGCACGGUAGCAGAGCAGUUGGAAAAAUGUGGAUGAACUGAAAAAAGGCAGUACAGGGUGGGAAUAGGCUAAUUCUGCAUCUGAGGGGACAGUCUGAACUGUGCCCUCAACAGAGCUCAUAUUUUCCUGUGCAGUACUAGAUAGCAAGAGCCAGCAGCUUCUCACCAUUUCUCAGCUGUCCAGAUGGUACUAUGUUAAACAAACCAGGCUGAGAAAAAGCAGGCAGGUUAACUUCCUGGACUUGCUGCAGUUUUAAGGCAGUGAUUACAAUUCUUUCAUCGUCUCUGCAUUCCUUCAGAGCAAGUGGUUCAGCUGCAAAGCAUUCUGGUGUCCUGUGUCUAGAUACUUCUGGGUAGAGAUGGGGUUGUCAUGGCCCUGGGUCCAGCCUAGCAGUUUUGAAAAAGCAUAAUUCUAUAAUUUCUGACCUGAGUCUGAUCUAUUACUAGGAAGGAAACAGUUGUCCAGGGUGAGGCAAUAGAAAAGAGGAUGUACAGAUGAUCUCCUAUCAUCUAAAUACAUUAGUUCUUUGCCGUUCCCAAGUUCCUGGAAUUGUUAGUUCCACUGCAAGUACUUUGAUUGCUUUUAAUUUGUUUGUUUUUUGAUAAAGCCAUAUUAGGAUCCUAAGUCCACUCCUCUGCCCUUGCAUCCAUUUUAUCCUUGUAUGUUUUUGAAAGCUGUUACAGUGCAGAACAGCAGCAGUGCCACAGGACUGAAUUACAGAAGUCAUUUGAAGGUGGUUUUAGGUCCUACAGUUUGAAGCCUGUAGAUCUAUUAAGGUUUUGCUUUUGUUUUUAUAUAACUUGAGAAGACGGUACAAGAAAGGGGCUUUUCCAGUCUUGUCUGUUUUGAUACCCUCUCCCCAUCCUUAUCGUAAGUACAAAGUACAAAGUUACCGUAACAAUGAUGGUUAGGCCUUAAGUUCCCCAGGUGACUGUUACACUCUCAUUGUUCUGGCGUUAUGUUUUGAUCUUCACUGUGCUGGUGUAGUUACUGGGGAGCAGGUGUGGGGCACUGGUGUGGAUUUACCUGUAAUGACUGGUUGGGGGACUUUUGUCAGCUUUCUGAAAUAAAAAUUUUUGGGAGAAAAACAACCCACCUCA